AUGGAUUCUCGUCCACCACCUCCUCCUCCUCCUCCUUUGGGAACGGCAUCGAAGCCGCCGAGCGCCAAGGAGCUGAUCGAGUUUUACAAGAAGAAGGGGUUGAAUCAGGAAGCGGCCACGGAAAAAGCGAUUGAAGAUAUGCAGAAGGCGCUGACGUAUGCCGUGCAGCGGUUCCCGAAGCGGGCCCAGGCGGUGGAGAAGUCGAUCGUUUCUGUAAGCAGUGGUAUGGAUCGUCUCGCCAAACGGAUGGAUACAUUGGAAGCGAAGCUCGACACCAAACCGAGUUUUGUAGGAGUCUUCGCUGCCGGUGCAGCAGCCGGUGCUGCUCUUCAAGCCGUAUUCUCGGGGGUUCCGCACUUGAUCAGGGCUGUGUCGCAGGUCGGACGGAGUAUCAGUGGGGCUGGCUUUCCCGCACGAAUGUAA